AUGCACUCAAACACAACUUUCAUCGAUGACGCCGGUUCAGAACCGUGCGCCAGUGCCGGAAAAAUGUUCCCAUCCACCACAUUAUCCUCGGAAAAGAGGAAUAAACGCGAAAACAAGCGCUUUUUGAGAAGGUCACGGCUUUACUACGACGAUUUCGUCACCCUGGACACGACGAUUAUGCUGAAGGUCUACGUCGGUGCACUGUCCCUGCACUAUGAGGCGCUCAGUGUGGAGGCAUCGAAGCAGACCACGGCGGAGGAGAUCGUUUCCUGCAUCGUCGAACGGCUAGGGCUAACGGGAAACAACUAUGAGCUGGCGGAAGUGGCCGACGAGUGCAAGGAAAGGCGCCUUUCCGCGCACGAAAAGCCCGUCUCCGUUAUGCUGCUGUGGCCGAUGCACUCGGAGAAAGAUUUUCAUAGAUUCUAUCUACGUGAAAUACAAAGCGACGUUCCUUGGCUAGAUAGUUACGGACUCGAUCCGCAAAUACUUAGAGACUUUAUACCGUUUCUGUUGCAGAAAGAAAAUAGAGAGUAUCCUGACCUGUGCCAACUACCAGAUCUGAAUGAGGCGACACUGCUUGAAAACCUGCGGCAGCGGUUCGAAGCCGGCCACAUCUACACGUACGUCGGCAGCAUCCUGAUCGCGGUGAACCCGUUCAAGUUCCACCCGAUCUACAAUCCAAAGUAUGUGCGGCUGUACCAGAACCAGCGGAUCGGGCCGAUCCUGCCACCGCACAUCUUCGCCAUCGCGGACAACGCCUACUACAACAUGCUGAAGGAGAAACGGAACCAGUGUAUCGUUAUCAGCGGCGAGAGUGGUUCAGGCAAAACGGAAAGCACAAACUUCCUGCUCCACCAUCUUACCGCACUCUCGCAGAAGGGUGCCCACGGGUCCGGCGUGGAACAGACGAUCCUCAGCGCCGGACCCGUGCUAGAGGCGUUUGGCAAUGCGAAAACGGCCCACAACAACAACAGCAGUCGGUUCGGUAAGUUCAUCCAGGUUAACUACCGGGAGAACGGCAUGGUGCAGGGUGCGGUCGUCCAGAAGUAUCUCCUCGAGAAGAGCCGGAUAGUGUCGCAGGGUCACUACGAGCGGAACUAUCACGUGUUCUACUAUCUGCUGUCUGGCGCGACCGACACCGAACGGGACGCGUUGCAUCUGCUACCGGCGGACAAGUACCACUACCUGAACGCAAAGAAUCUCACGCUGGAAAACUGCGACGAAAAGUACGAGUUUUCCCGGCUUAAACAGAGCAUGGAGAUGGUGGGUUUCUCGGCGGAGAAGCAACGCCGUCUGUUCAACGUUUUGUCCGCCGUGCUGUUGCUCGGCAAUGUGGAGUUCUUCCCGAAGAAGUCCACCUACCACCACGACGAGAGCGUCCAGGUGCGGAACCCGGAUGUGGUGGGCCUGAUAUCGGAGCUGCUGCGCGUCAAGCAGGAGACAUUGAUGUCCGCGCUCACGUCCAAGCGCGUGAAGGCAAGCGGUGAAACGUUGAUCAUGCAGUAUAAACUGCCGGAAGCGAUCGCCGCCCGAGACGCGCUGGCCAAGUGCCUGUACGGGGCGCUGUUCGAUUGGAUCGUGCUGCAGGUCAACCAUGCGCUGUUGAACAAGGACCAGGCCCUGCACACGGGCCACUCGAUCGGGGUGCUGGAUAUUUUCGGCUUCGAGGACUUUGGACCGCAGAACAGCUUCGAGCAGCUGUGCAUCAACUACGCGAACGAGCAUUUACAGUAUUACUUCAAUCUGCACGUGUUCAAGUAUGAACAAAAGGAAUACAAACGCGAGGGAAUCAAAUGGACUGAUAUAGAAUUUCUAGACAAUUACGGUUGCCUGCAACUGUUCGAAUCGAAACCUUCCGGGUUGCUGUGUAUACUGGAUGAUCUGUGCAAUUUUCCCGGUGCCACUAACGAAACCUUGCUGCAAAAGUUCAACAGUGUUCAUAAGGACAACACAUUUUACGAAAAGCCUCAACGCAAAGAAAACGCAUUUAUCAUUAAACACUACGCGGGCAAGGUGAAAUAUCAGGUUGCCGAAAUGCGUGAAAAGAAUCUCGAUCUGAUGCGGCAGGAUAUCGUGAGCGUGUUGAAAAACUCGAGUAUGGCAUUCGUGCGCGAGCUGGUAGGCGCCGAUCCUGUCGCCGUCUUCCGGUGGGCUAUACUUCGCGCCUUUUUUCGCGGUUAUUUUGCCUUCCGGUCGGCUGGCAUCAAGCACCGUAAGGAACGUGCCGACAUGUCCUUCAACAAGCUAGCCACGAAAACACGAUACCGGGCACCGAAUGAUAGCAUCGUAAGUCAUCUCGUGACGGUGUCUUCGGUGAACCUAACAAUCAAUCGGAUUGCCAAGCGCAUCAGUAAUGCCAUGAGCGAUAUCACAUCGAGCCACAGCAACAGUCAGGCCGGUUCUGCUUCUCCCGGUGGAAAUCUGUCCUACCAUCGCCAAUCGCUCGGAAAUGCCACCGGAUAUGGCAGCGGAGGAUCGUCAUCACCGGGCGGAACUACCGGAACGCCCCGCCGGUCCUGGUCGAACUUUGCGUUCAAUAACAAAAAUUUCCCGGACGGCAAGCUGAACUACGAGUGCCACCAGCAGAACCAGCAGGACCAUCCGUCCCAGUACCAAUCGAAACACCAGCAUUCACCCACUUCACCGUCCUCUUCUCCGUUGUACGGUGGCAACAGUGGCGCCGGAAAAACGUCAUCCAUCGGGAACUCUUCGUCGACGGGUGCUGGUGGUACACACGGCACCGGAAACGGUGGUGGCAAGGGAUAUGGCUUUGGCUCGGCCGCAGCACGGAAUCGAUUCGAACGAUCAGGCCAGGACGUCAUGGCCCGUGCAUCGCAAAUCGUGAUGAAAAACAAAUCAUUUCGUCCUCGGGAACGGCCAAAGAAAGGCCUCAAGAAUCUCCAAUCGGUCAAAACGCUUUCGGCGGGCCAGAAUCUUACCAACCAGACGGCAAUCAAGACGCGCAAACAGCCGCUCACCGUUACGGCACAGUUUCAGAACUCACUCAUUGCACUAAUGGAAACGCUAAAUCAGGCAAACCCAUUCUUUAUUCGAUGCAUCAAAUCGAAUCCAAAUAAAAUCCCUAACCAGUUUGACGAUGCCACCGUUACAAGACAGCUCCGGUACACGGGCAUGCUGGAGACGGUCCGUAUCCGGCGAGCCGGGUACAACGUGCGUCUCACGUAUGAGGAGUUCAUUCAGCUAUACCGUAUCCUCCUACCGAAAGGGCUAGUCAGCUCCCAGAAGGACGUGCGCGAUUUCAUGAGCACGAUGGACUUAAACAAACAGCACUACCAGCUCGGGCUGACCAAGAUCUACAUGCGCGAAUCGCAGAAGAUGCGGCUGGACAUUUCGCUGCACACGAAAAUCAUCAACAGCAUCAUCUCCAUCCAGCGCUGGUUCCGGGCGAUACUGCAGCGCAAAAAGUACUGCCAGUAUCGGACCGCUGCCUGCACCAUCCAGUCGUAUUGGCGCGAUUACCUGCGCGAGAAGCAGGAGAAGUUUACGCGCAAGAUACGCAAUCACGCGGCGACGGUAAUACAGGCCACGUGGCGCGGUUACACCGUGCGCAAGUGGUACGACAAGCUGAAGACGGGCGUGAUGAUAGUGCAGGCACGCGUUCGUGGCAACCAGGCACGGGCACGGUUCAAGGAGCUGCUCAGCAAGAAGCUUACAAGGGACCGGGCCAAGCUACGCUCGACUCAAAGCCUACCGGUGGAUCGAUCGAUUGGUGCGGGUUCCUCGAGUGGUGCCCCGUACGGUGGAGGCGACGGAGACGCAGGUUACGCCGAGGUAGUGCAGGCCAUCGAGCACCGCAAGAAACCUAUUCCGGCGGUGGGGCGCAGCUUCGAGACGGCCAUCGAUAUUGUGAAUAAGAAUCGAGCCCUCUUCGCCGACGACAGCAUGUCGGCGGAUUUCAUCGACGACGGUGAGGAAGACGAGGAGGAGGAUGAUGAGGAAGAGGGCCAAGGAGCGGUUGCAGCAGCAUCAGCCGGCGUUGGUGGUGUUGCGGAGGAAGACGAUGAUGACGAUGACGAGGAAGGCUACGAAGACCUUGGCUUGGUGGAUGAUCCACAGUACAUGGCAAACAACCGGUCGGGCAUGGCGCACAUGGGUUCAGACCGGACAAAGACGUCCCAUCCGGUGGCGAAAGUAAAAGGCACACAUUUAGAUAGGAAUGAAAAGUACAUAAAAAAUCUGGUCAUUUCCGGUGCGGGCUCCUCAUCAUCGCCCCCGGUUACGACCGCGCCUAGCGCCAGUCAGUACCAGAAGACGCCCCUGCAACGACAAGAGGACGUGUUGGAUCGGCCACUGCGGAUGUACGACAUCGAGCGGGCCAGCAAGAGCACGUUCGAUGAUACCGAGCUCGCCAAGUACCGGUACGAACGGGGUGGUGGCGUGAGCAGUACGAUGAAGCUGCCAGUUCGGCGGGUCGAUUCCGGUCCAUCCUCGGUGGCAAGCGGGGGAGCAGCCGGCGGGGCCGUUGGACGCCCAGGUAUCCAGCGGUUUCGCUACGGUGAUACGGCAUCAUACGGUAGCAGUGGGUUGAUUCGGAAUCAGAACCACAGCAAUAAUAGUUAUAGUAGUAGCAAUGUUGAGAUUGUGUUUGUAAAUACCGGCCUGGAGAGUGCCGGGUCGGGGGCGAGUGUGGCACCAGGAUCCGGUUCGCUCUCGUCGUCUCCGGCGGCUCGGACAAUGCAUCGGAACAGCAUCAGCAGCGGGACGCUCACGCAAACGCAGGUUCCAACGAUGCCGGCCAGCAUCCGGCGGGAAUCGUUGCCAUUCAGCCAUCACUUGACCACGGGCGGCACUCGCACCCCGGGAGACGAAAUCAACUCCAACUACCACAUGCUGCAGCAGCAACAGCAAUUGCAGCAGCAGCACCAGCAGACGCACUCGUCCUCUUCGGUCACCUCGCACCACCACCAGCAGCAGCAGACGGUCCCCUCGGCUGGAGGUGCAACAUCCGGAGCGCCCUCGUUGGCCUACUCACCCCAGUCGUUGCCAUUGGUCAGCUCACAGGGACACAUCGGUAACUACCAGAAUCUCCAGUUCCCGGCGACCUCCAACUACCACCAGCAUCAGCACCACCACCAGCAUCAGCAGUCGGUGUACAACAACAACACGCAGCCCGCCAGCACUGGCGGCAAAAUGUCCACCUCGACGCCUUACGGAGCGGCCAGCGGUUCGUACGCUGCUGGCGCUCCGCCACCGUCUUCCGCCGCGAGCCAGCGAGUCUCGGCAGCAUAUCCGGAUGAUUUUGCGCAAAACUACUACAACACGACGACGACACCGAAGGGCAAGGCGGCCGCCCUACUCGGCACGGCAAAGUCCGAGGACAACGCCAUCUCCGGCAGCAUCAACCAGUCGAAGUACCCGCCGGGUGUAACGCUCACGAAGGCGGACAGCAGCGAUAUGGUGCUAUCGGCUGGCAGCAAAGCUAUGAACGCCAGCGCCUCCUCCAAUACCGGCCAGAGCGGACCGUCGACGGGAGCAUCCGGUCGACGCGUGAAACCGAUGAAUCUCAGCGAAGAGCAACUGGUCGGAAGUAGUGGUUCCACUGUAAGCUACCACCCGGGUACGGGACUAACGCGCCGCGGACAACCCGUUGGUGGUGCCAACAGAGCGCCGGGUGGUGGUACUAGCGGAAAUACGAGCAGUUCCUCCGGCGUGACGGGACCACCCGACACGCUGAAGCGCCGCAACUCGGACCCAACCAACAAGAUUCCGCUGCUGGAGGUGAACCGGGGCAACGAUAUGUACCAGUCGAGUACGCGCAUCAACAUCGCGGGCCACCAGUUCCGGAAGGUGCAGCGCAUCAACAAGGCGGAACGGUGCGCCUGCUGCCAGGAGAUCGAUUCGUUCGUCAACGAGGGCUACCGGUGCCUCGACUGCAAGGUGCUCGUGCACACGAAGUGCAUCCAGAACGGUGGCAUCAAGUCGCUGCAGUGUGCGGCCGCCAAGCGCUCGAAGCGCAUCCGUACUGGCGGUGCCGGCGGUGGUGGCGGGCUGGGUGGGUCGUCGAGCAAACACGACAAACACCAGCCGAUCGCCGGUGGCAGCGGGGGCCAGAAGAUCUCGUCCACGCGGGAGUACACCGACUCGACCGAUAAGAUUAUAAGCGAUGCCAAAGAGCUGCAGCUGAUGCAGGACUUCAUCACGCAGAAGAUCUGCAAGAUGGAGAGCGACUGCGAGAAGCCCUCCGAGGUGGACCGAGUGUUCAAGCAGGCGUUGCGCGAGUUUAAGGACAACCUGGUGGCGCAGUACAGCGUGGCGCACAAGCAAAACUCGGACGUGCUAAACAUCAAGUACCGCGAUCUGAUCGCCAACUUCGAGCAGGUGAUCGAGACGACGUCCGGGCGGAAAAACGAUUUCCCGCUCACGAUGGGCGUGAACGCGUUCCGGGGCUUCAUGAACGAGUUUAUGAACUCGCGCGAGACGGAAAAACCGAAAGCGAAACGGAAGAAGGACAAGAAGCGAAAGCACGAUGAUCACACGACGUUCAACGGACAUACAUUCCAGCUGACGAUACUCAACAUUGCGACGGCAUGCGAAAUAUGCCAGCAGUUUCUCCUGUGGCCGAUCGAGCGCGGGCUGGUGUGUCAAAACUGCAAACUAACCUGCCACAAGAAGUGCUACCAAAAGUCAGCCUCGUGCAAUAAGAUCGCUAACGCGGACCCGAACUCGCUGCUGGGAGCUGGCCGUGGAGGAUCAGCCGUCGUCGCCGGCGGAUGUGGUCCAGAUGGACAACCUCUGUACGGUGGCGGUGUUCCGACGAAGCUUUUCGGCGUACCACUGACGGCUCUCUGCGGUGGCAGUGGUGGUGAUGGCGUGAAAAUCCCGGCCCAGAUCAACAAGCUGAUCAUGAUGAUCGAAAUGCACGGGCUGUACUCGGAGGGUAUCUACCGGAAGAGUGGUGUUAGCUCGAAGAUCAAAGACCUGAAGGCGAAGAUGGACCGGGCGGUGACGAGUGCGGACGGUGGUGGAGGCGAGAUGGACUUCGAGUCGUACAACGUGCACGUGCUGACGAACGUGCUGAAGUCGUUCCUGCGCGAGAUGCCGGAACCGUUGCUGACGUUCGAUCGGUACGAUGACUUCCUGCGCGCGGCCGAUCUCUCCGAUGGGAGCGAUCGUGUGCAGACGCUGCUGGCGCUAGUCAAGAAGAUCCCGCCCGCACAUCAUUGUCUGUUCGAGCGGCUCAUCUUUCACCUGGCGCUGGUGGCGAAGCUCGAACAGUACAACCGGAUGUCGGCGAGUUCGCUCGCGAUUGUGUUCGCACCGUGCGUGUUGCGUACGAAUCGGUACGUACCGGCGCAGGACAGCCUCAACGACAUCGGCCGACAGACGAAGUGCAUGGAGACGCUGAUCACGCAGAAGAUGCUGAACGUGAAGAGCACGCUGGCGGACAUUGAUACGCUCGAUACGGCGGCUCACACGGCAACGGCCCGGCUUAGCACGCUCCGCAGCAGCAAGGUGUUCACGCAGGAAGAGAUGGCGAAUGCGCGAGGCAGCAGUGGUCUACCGGUGGGUGGGCUGCUCGAAACUGAGACGGAGGAGAUGCUGCUCGAGGGCCACAUACAGGAGAUCCGGAAGGAGAAAGCACUGCUGACGUCGACACUGCCGAGUCUGGCACGGGCCAGCUCGGACGACGAUCUGCUGUCGACGGAUCUGGACGGUGAGGGCGGCAGUUUGGACGAUCUGAGCAACAGCAAGGAAAAGGACCUCGACGUGAGCAGUAGCGGUGGUGGCGGUGGAGGUAGCAGCGGCGGUAUCGGCGGCGGUGGCAGUGGUGGACCCAGCGGUAGCAACAGCGGAGGAACCGGAACCGCCGGUGGCACUGCUAGCGGUGGCAGCAUGAUCAGCGACAGUGGCAUCUCGAUCCGCUACCAGGCACCCUCCGAUCACGGCGGUAGUAGUAAUGUUAGUCUUAAUAGUGACGUCCCGAUGGCUGUGAGUUAUUCGUUACGUGAUCAGAGUGGAGGCGGACCGGGCGGCGGUAGCGGAGGCGUGGAGUACUUCCACAAGCUGAUGAGUGGCGGUUCCUCCCCGGGCACGGCACCGGGAGUGAAGACGAAAUCGCUCUCGCACCAGACGCUGCUCGAGCGGGAAGCGUUCCUGCGCGGAAGUGGCUCCACGUCGACCUCAUCGCCCCAGUCACCGACUGCCGUCACGUCCGUGAUCGCCUCCUCGACCCCGUCCUCCUCGGUGUCCGCUCCGUCGAUGAUAAAGACGCAGCAGAACGGCAGUACCGGAAGUGGUACUGGCCCCACCAGUGGCAGUGGGCCCGGAACGGGCGGUGGCCCUGGUGUGGGGCCGAUCCCGGGCAGUGCCGGCAAGCGCUCCGACAUCAACCUCAGCCACUCGAUGCUGACGCUCUCGACGACGUCACACAGCCUUGGUGGAAGCACGACGAGUAGCAGCAGCAGUAGCGGCGUUGGUGGUAGUUCCGGCAGCAGCACCGGAAGCGAAUUGCAGCGUCAGAAACCCAUCAUCAUCCGCAGUGUGUCCGGUGGGUACGAGGUAGGCCAUCAUCACGCCGUCUCCGCAUCGUCCUCUUCGUCAGUUGGUCCUGCGAAUCACCGAAUCCUGAUACAAGCGUCCGCGGGGCUGCCGAUCACGCCCGGAGCGGCAACGACGACAACGGCGACGACACCAUCCGGCAGCGGAUCCGGCGCAACGUCCACAUCCGCCUCGACCUCGUCCAUCAACUCCGCGAACCUGCACGCGAAAGACAAUAACGGGAUGGGUGGUAAGGAUGGGCUGUCCGGUAGCGGCACCAAGCUGGCAUCCCGACGUAUGUCCGCUGGUGCCGGCAAGCGAUCAGGUGGCCCGGGCAAUUCCGGUGGACCACCGCCAAGCGCAUCGCCCGCAGGUGACGAUGAACCGAUCAUGGUUUAGAGAUGGCCACACCCGGUACAGGAGGGCAGCGUCCGAUCGCCAGAGUAGACGAUCGUCGUGGUGUCAUAGUCGGUAGGCGACGCUAGCAACAAAAAAAAAGAAACAUCCUAAGUUUAAGUGAUGAUCGCAACAAUCGCGCAACUCAGACCCGCCGAGCAAGGGAAC